AUGCUAAAACGAAAAAGUCAAGAAAUUAACCAAAUCGUCUUUGCCAACAAGGCGCUGAGCCUGUGCUCCCAAAUUUACCCGCUGGCCUCGUUGGUCAUCAACUUAGUGACGUUCGCAAAGUUGGCGUGGAUUCGUUGGAAGAAAGCAAAAAUCCCAAAUGGCCGGUCAGCCGAAAUCAACCUGAUCAUGAUAAAUAUGGCCACGCUGGUCAUGCAACUUAUACUGAUGGGAGCUGUGAUUGCCAUGUCUCGUAUAGCAAUGGACGCCGGUAUGAGGACAUUCAUGGUCAGUUUUUACGGGAUUCGAAACAUCCGGGCUCUU